UUCAAUACAGAUUCUAGCUGCUAGCUAAUCAAUUUUAGUUUCCUAUUACUACCACACCCCUACUAGUUUUUCCAAGCAUGGCUUCUGGAAAUAGGAACAACGAUUGGUCUACCGGCCUCUGUGAUUGCACUGAAGAUUGCCGUUCCUGUUGCCUUGCCUGCUGGUGCCCUUGUGUUGCCUUCGGGAGGAUUGCUGAGAUCGUGGAUAGAGGCCAAUCCUCUUGCUGCCAGAUGGGGUGCAUUUUCUGUCUGCUAGGUCUACUCCUGUUGAAUCAUGGGUCCUUGUCAUGGAUUGUUAGCAUGGGCUAUCGCACCAAGAUAAGGCAACAAUACGGUAUUAUGGGAGGCUCAUGCCAUGAUUGUAUCCUUCAUUUCUGUUGCGAGCGUUGCGCCUUGUGCCAAGAGUACCGUGAACUUCAGUUCCAAGGAUAUGAUGUUUCUGCUGGUUGGGAAGGAAAUGCUGGCAAAAAGAUUUCUGGGGUAACUAUGGCUCCAGUUGGAGAAACGAUGACACGUUAGCUCAAAAGAUCUUCUGAAUUAUGGCCUGAACUCAUUUUGCACCUUCAAUUCGAAAACCUUAUCCUGUUAAUUUUUCCAUUUAAUUAUCUAUUUGCAAUAAUCUAGUACCUAAUAAAACUCUUUAUCAACAAGGUGCAAAAUGAGAUUAGUACAACUUUAUUGCCAUAUCAUUCAUCUGAUGUGAUGUAUGUUCAGUUCUUUUUUUUUGGAGUGUAUGAUGUAUGUAGGUUAAAUAUUUUGUUUUGUGAUAAUAAUAAAUCGUACAAUAAUCCCCAAUC